UUCCCAACUCAUCUCUGGCAAUACUAUGCAAUACUACGAAAAUGAAUUUUAUGGCAUGAUCGGUGGUGGUGGACUCGUUGACCAUUAUCAUUUUCGUUGAUUACGUGAAAUCUUCGUUUAUAAGAAGUGGAUUUAAUUCGUACCUUGUAAUAUUUGACUUAGAGAGAUCGGCAAAAUGACAGUCAACGCUGACGUCUAUGACGACCUGUACUUGUACACGACCCCUGAGAAGUUUUAUAUCGAACCUCUUGGCUUCAAAGUGUUACUAGUAGUGGACAGAGUCAGCCAACAGAUUUAUACUCAAGCCGGUAGUAUUGGACAAAUUUCUCAAACAGCUAGUCGUCGGAAGAUAUGGGGAAUAGUUGGAAGUAUUCGACUCUUGGCAUGUCGAUAUCUCAUAGUGAUUACAGAGGCAGAGAAGCUAGGCACCAUCGCGGGUCAACAAGUGUUUAAAAUAGUUUCAACAGAAGUUUUGCCUUAUGCCCGAUCGACGCUUCAUUUAAAUGAAAAGCAGAUCCAAAAUAAUACCACUUAUGUGGAAAUGAUAAAAUCUGUGUUGAACACGCCAUAUUUUUACUUUAGUUACACGUACGAUCUUAGUCACACUAUGCAAAGACUACAUAAUACUCCACCAGAGUUUUUACAGAUGCCUCUGCAUGAUAGAGCAGAUCCCAGGUUUGUGUGGAAUGCAUAUCUCUUGCAAGAUUUAACUUCAAGACCUGAACAUUAUAAGUUUUGUUUACCGAUUAUACAUGGCUUUGUGUCUUUGAACACUGUUAUCGUUAAUGGCGUAGCAGUAAAUUGGGGUCUUGUCUCCCGGCGCAGUAUACAUCGUGCAGGUACCAGAUUAUUCUCACGUGGUAUCGAUUCCAAUGGCAAUGUUUCGAAUUACGUCGAAACCGAGCAACUGAUCGAAGUCGGUGGAAAUCGAAGUUCCUUUGUGCAGACCAGAGGAUCGAUUCCAUUGUUCUGGCAGCAAGAACCGAAUUUGAAAUAUAAACCCAAGCCACAGCUAAGUCAUCACGAGGAUCAUCAAACUGCCUGUGCGAGACACUUUGAUGCACAAAUAUUUCAUUACGGAAAGCAAAUUUUGGUAAAUCUGAUCGAUCAUUCCGGUGCCGAAGAUGUACUGGAGAAAGCCUACCGGGAUAUGGUGUAUCAAAUAGGUAACCAGAACGUUCGCUACGAGUCUUUUGAUUUCCAUGCCGAAUGUCGAAAGAUGCGCUGGGACCGGUUAAACAUUUUAAUGGAUCGGUUAACACAUGAUCAGGAGCAAAUGGGAUUUUUUUUUCUAUCGAGGGAUGGUGCCCGGCUAUCCGUUCAGGAUGGGACUUUCCGAACCAAUUGCAUCGAUUGCUUAGAUAGAACAAAUGUUGUUCAGAGCAUGAUUGCUAAGAAAGCCCUCGUCGAAGCAUUGGAUCGACUAGGGAUUCUCAGAAGACUCGAGGAGCAUCCAUCCUUCGAGUACCAAUUCAAGCAGGUAUGGGCUGACAAUGCCGAUGUAGUUAGCAUUCAGUACUCUGGCACUGGUGCUCUGAAAACUGACUUCACUCGUACCGGAAAACGUACCAAACUGGGGGCUUUAAAAGAUGGAGUAAAUUCUGCGACAAGAUAUUACAAAAAUAACUUUGCCGAUGGUUACAGGCAGGAUUCGCUAGAAUUAUUUUUAGGGCGCUACGUCGUGCAAGACGGCGAGUGUCUGACCAUCAAAUGCCCAUUGGAAGUAGAACGCAGCUGGCGUUACGCGACAUUCCCUCUGGUUCUCCUCAUCGCCUCGUCGGUGCUGAUCGCUCACGUAAUUUUGCCAUCCAGAUUUACCACCGAAGUCCUUCUGUAUAUUCUCUUUUGGGGUGGCAUGGUGGCCGGCACCUUUGCUACCAUUAUUCAUCACGGAAAGCAGUACGUCGAUAGACCAAAAUUGGUGUAACAUAGAGUUAGGUAAGGGCGAAGAAACUUAGGGUUCACUACUUGAUGGAGGUUUCGAGUGCUACCACUCUGUCUUCCUUUCAAUCGUUUUCGACCGUUAUUAGUCCCAGUGCCCAAUACCGAACGAUUUUUGGGAGGCUUUUGUAAUUCAUUGUCUAUUGAAACUGUGCUGAGAUUACCUCACAAAGUUAUAGCAAUGUCUCUACGGUCGAAACACUCGUUCCUCAAGCGAUAAUUAACUCGCCAGCUCGGUGAUAACACUCUCUGAGCACUUGACUCUUGCAUACACGAACAAUAUGGUGAUUAUCGUUUAAUCAGCUGUAGCGUUUAAUCGCCUUAACACAACCUGGAAGUCGAUUGACGCUAUCUCCAGACCUCGAAUUACGGAUCUUUCCAU